AUGAGUAGUGGUGAUGAUGAGAGACUAAUCAGAAAUGAGGCCUUGGCAUAUUGCAGUGCACUACGGUACGUGUUUCGAGAUAAGACAGAAAAGUAUGAAGCCUUUUUGGAAAUUACCAAGGGUUUCAAGGCUCGAAGAGUUGAUGUAGAAGGUGUGAUAGCGAGAAUGAAGGAGUUGUUGAAAGGGCACAAUGAUCUACUUUUGCGAUUUAACACUUUCUUGCCAAGUGAAUAUCAAAUUACACUUUCCUUGGACGACGAUCUACCUCCCAGAAAGAGAGGCAGAACGAUGCACAUUAAAUCCGAGGAAGAAGAAGAACUUGAUAGGAGUUUGACAGAGACUGAUCGAAAUCAGAGGCAUGGUGCGAAGGAAAAGAACCAUGGAGACUAUGAUCGUGACAGUACUAAUGAAGAGCAUUUAUCUAAGAAGCGAAAAUCUCCUUGGAGGGAUGAAGAAUCUGAUGAUGACUCUGAUACAACUUUUGGCAUGCACCCUGAUUCAAGUUCUUUGAAAAAAAUGAAGAGGUCAUGGGAAGUUGGUAGCACAAGUUCACAACUCAAAAAACCUCUUGUUUCAGUCUCUUCUAGAGAAUUCACGGGGCGACCACAGAUGAGAAGUGGUCGGGGUCAGAAAAUAACCAUGUCUGAUGCCAUGUCAUAUCUCAAGGCAGUAAAGGUAGCACUUCGAGAUAAGAAAGAAAAGUAUAUUGAAUUUAUGGAAGUUAUGAAGGAUGUCAAGGAUGAAAGAAUUGAUAUAACAUGCCUCAUAGCAAAACUGAAGGAGCUGUUUAAAGGGAACAAAGAUCUAAUUUUACGAUUUAACAAAUUCUUGUCAAAGGAAUAUAAAAUUACACUUUCAUGGGAGGAUGAACAACUUUCCCAGCACACGUACUCUAAUUCAUCGGCAUCUGUAUUUGAGGAUCCAAGUUCUUUGAAAGGUAUCUAUAAUCGGUUGUUAGAUUACCUUAAAGAAGUCAACAAGAAAUUACAAAAUCCUGAGGAUUUCCAGAAGUUUUUGAAAUACCUACAUAUCUACAGCAUGGAAAUCAUUAAUAGACAAGAACUGCAAUUAUUGGUGAGCAAUUUACUGGAAAAAUAUGCAGAUCUAAUAGAGGGAUUUGCUGAAUUUUUGGCUCAACAUGAGAAGAGUGAAGGAUUGCUUGCUGUUGUCUUGAAUGAAAGGCAUGAACCAGAAUCAUUGAAGGUAGAGGACAGAGAUCCAGAUCCUCAGGGGAUGACAAGAUGA